AAGGAGCAAGAUGACAACAUACACAGAUAAAGGUGAAAAGCAUGAGCAGGGCAGAUUCCUCUGCUUUGAUCACCUUACAUUCUGGGUUGGAAAUGCAAAACAGGCUGCAUCAUAUUACUGUAACAAGCUGGGAUUUGAGCCUUUCGUCUACCAGGGUUUGGAGACUGGCAGUCGUGAAGUGGUGUCUCAUGUAGUCAAACAAGGCAAGAUCAUUUAUGUGUUCUCAUCUGCCCUCAAUCCUGGAAACAAAGAGAUGGGAGAUCAUUUGGUCAAGCAUGGGGAUGGAGUGAAGGAUAUUGCAUUUACAGUGCAGGACUGUGAUUUCCUUGUGCAGAAAGCCAGAGAGAGAGGUGCAGUCAUUGUAAAGGAGCCCUACACCCUGGAGGACAAGUAUGGUAAAGUCAGGCUGGCCGUGCUUCAAACGUAUGGUGACACCACACACACAUUUGUGGAGAGGAGCGGAUACAGUGGGUUGUUUCUGCCAGGCUUUCAACCCCCUAUAUUCAAGGAUCCUUCAUUAGCCAAACUGCCAAGUGGACACCUGAACUUCAUUGAUCACGUUGUGGGAAACCAACCAGAUGAUGAGAUGGUUCCAGUGGUGGAGUGGUAUCAAAGAAACCUUCUCUUUCACCGCUUCUGGUCAGUGGAUGACAAGCAGCUUCAGACAGAGUUUAGUGCCUUACGCUCCAUUGUUGUGGCAAACUAUGAGGAGACUGUGAAGAUGCCCAUCAACGAGCCUGCCAUGGGAAAGAGAAAGUCUCAAAUCCAGGAGUAUGUGGAGUACUAUGGAGGACCUGGAGUGCAGCAUAUAGCCAUGAACACAUCUGAUAUCAUUACUGCAAUUCGUAACCUAAAGGAGCGUGGGAUGGAGUUUAUGAGUGUGCCAGACACCUACUACGACCAGCUGAGGGAGAACUUGAAACACUCAAAGGUCAAAAUCUCAGAGGACCUGGAUGUUCUGCAGGAGCUGAAGAUCUUGGUGGACUAUGAUGAAAAUGGCUAUUUACUCCAGAUCUUCACCAAGCCGGUUCAGGAUCGUCCCACCGUGUUCUUGGAAGUCAUUCAGAGACAUAACCACCAGGGCUUCGGCGCAGGAAACUUCAAGUCUCUUUUUCAAGCCAUCGAAGCAGACCAGCAUGCUCGAGGAAAUCUGACUGUCCUGACACCAAAUGGAGUUUCAAAGGACAUGUGAUGCCAAUGUUAACAUAGCUUUAGAG